AUGGAAGGAAGGAGUAUUGUGAAAGGUACACUCUACCUCCUGUUAACAGUGAUUGGAAUCCCAGGUAAUCUAACUAUCAUCACAUCAUUUAUCCACAUUGCCUACUAUGACUUCAAACUCCUCCCAGCAGAUACAAUAGUGUCUAACCUAGCCAGUGUGAAUUUAAGAGUAGUUUUGGCAAGGUGCAUCCCAGAAACCACAGCAGCAUUUGGACUAAAGCAACUGUUUGAUGACCAUGGUUGCAAAAUUGUAAUUUUCAUUUACAGAACCACCAGAUCUCUGUCUAUCUGGCUGACAUUUCUACUUAGCAGUUUUCAAUGUAUUACUUUGGCACCAGUUACUUCAACUUGGUCCACUGUCAAAAGACAAGCAGCAAACUACCUUGGUGCUGUUCUUGUCUUUCUAUGGCUGCUGAACAUGUCCUUAAGUACUCCAGCCAUAUUAUUUUCCAUUUCCUCAGAAAAUAACUCAACUGGUAUUAAACAUGCUGUGAAUCUUGAGUACUGCUUUGUGAAAUUUCCAUCGCACACAGUAAAGCUGGCUAAUGGCGCACUGCAGACCUCCAGAGAUGUUAUACCCAUUGUCCUUAUGGUACUAGCAAGUGUUUAUAUUUUGCUAGUUCUGUAUAGACACAGGCAGCAAGUAAAAGGGAUUCGGAGCUCAAGCAAAAAACAGGGAUCCACAGUUGAGACCAGAGCAGCCAAAGCAGUGGUCACUUUGGUUACCCUUUAUGUACUUUGCAUUCUGUGGAUUUAUACUCUGACUGUCACUAAAACAAUGCAGACCUCUCUCAUCUCAGACCUCCGAGUUUUCUUUUCCUUACUCUAUGCAUCAGUUAUUGUUAUUAUUGUUUCCAAUAGAAAAGUCCACAAUAAAUUAAAAUGUGCAAAGGCAAACCGGAAACAAUGUUGCCAGAAACUAACAACGGCAAUGUGGUUAACUCUUAGCUACUUGCUGAGAUGGUCGAGCAAGCCACUCAGUUCUUGGGCAACAAAUGCUGGCCUUACAUGUGACAUCCACAUCUCUGAAAGAAUAAAGAAAAAUAUUGCUCAAAUUGGGAAAGCUUUGAAAAGUGUCAUGCAUUCAGCAUUGCAGAAAUUCAACUAA